AUGUUAUUUAAUAAAUUAAUUGAGUGGGGUAUUGCAAACACCCCCGAUUCAUAUCACAUCGAUGAUUUGGGAGUUACUAUAAAGGAUGGGUUGCGGUUGAUUCGAUUUUAUAACAUGAGUAUAGAAGAAAGAAAUGCAACUCUCAAAUUUGAAAACAUAUUGCCAUCACUGGAAGUUCAAUUUCAAACCCCGCCUCGCAUCAAUUCACCUGUUGAACCAAAGAUUCUGAGUAGUAGAUUUAUCGGAUUAAUUGCGACAUGGAUUGACAGAAAGGAUCCCAAGAAAGAUUCAUACACCGGAUAUAAUCAUCCAUUCGAAAUUAGACACAAAUUUCGUAUGAACGAUCGGACGACCUUUUAUGAAGAACAUCACAACUACUACAAUAAAUCUUCAAAUAGAAUCUUAUCAACAAUGAAAUGUCACCACGGACCUUCACUGAUGAUAAUGAAACUUAAAAUUUCAGGAAAAAUAAUUGGUGCUUACAAUCCCGUUGAUUGGAAGGGGGAUCUAACAAAGAAAGCGAAUGCCUGUGCAACCGAAAGCUUUAUCUUUUCUUGUGAUGAUAGGUAUGGAACGAACAUUCGGUUUAGCAGAGUUCGUGACUUUGAACACGCAAUGUGUUUAAAGAACGUGAAACCCAGUGGCAUAUUAUUAAAAUUUGGUGAAGAUUUAACAUUUGAAUAUUUGUAUAAAACUGUCAGUUGUUAUAUUAAAAACGAAUCUUAUGAGUCAACAAUAUUAGAAGAGGGUAGGUAUGGAAUUGAAAGUUGGGACAUUUAUAGAGUCAGAAGAAAAGAUGGUGAUCCAUCAAUGGUAAUCAAUGAAGAAAUUAUAAAAGAAAAUCAAAAUCAACCUCGCAUACGAUUUCCCAUAGAAACAAAGAUUAUUGAUGGCGAUUUUUUUGGAUUGAUCGCGACAUGGAUCGACAAAAAAGAUCCAAUGAACCCUAUAAUCCCAUCAAUUGGAAAAAAAUCUUUUGAACUUUGUGAUUAUGAAACUACAAGAGAAAGCUUUAUCUUUUCAAGCGAAGAUAUACAUGGAACAAAUCAUCGAUUGAGCCGAGUUACACGAUAUCAUCGAGCAAUUUGGGCGGAAAAGUUAUACUCUAAUACUUUUUCAAAAUCCGAUGUACCCAACGGUGUGAUGCUAAAGUUUGGUGGUUUGAGAUUUGUUUAUCACGACAGAUCUGAUUCUGUCUUAUGUAGAAUUAGUCAAAACGAAGAUUAUGAGCAACCAGCCAUAACAUCGGUAGGCGAUUACAAGAUUCAAGAAUGGGAAAUUUUUAGAGUCACUAGAUUCGAUAAUCAAAUUCCAUCUCGCAUUGAUUCACCCAUUACUCAAAUAUUAAUUGAUGACGAAUUUGUAGCAUUAAUUUCGUCAUGGAUUGAUGAUAUAGAUAUGGAAGAUCCAUAUACUGAAUUUGACAUGCCAUUUCAGUUUAAACUUUUAUUUAGCAUGAACGAACGUACAAUUUCUCACGAUAAAUAUUAUAAUCAAUCAGCGUACAAAAUGUUACCAACGAUGAAAUGUCACCAUGGGGCUUCACUAAUGACAAUGAGGAUUAAAGGUUCUGGACAAAUAAUUGGUGCCUAUAAUCCUAUCAAUUGGAAGAAAGAAUUACCAAAUUGUAAUAAUCAAUAUGUUUACACAUCAGAAAGUUUUAUUUUCUCAAGUAAAGAUGUAUAUGGAACAGAUCCUCAAUUAAGAAGAGUUAAAGAUUCUGAUAAAGCGAUUUCUCAAGUAAAUGUAUAUCCCAGCGGCAUUCUUUUGAAAUUUGGUGAGGAUUUAAGCUUUAUUUAUGAUCAUGGAAAUUUACAUAUCGAAGAACCAGAUUAUGGAGAUGAAAACUAUGCUAGAUUUCCUUAUGUUAUGUGUGACGUCAAGGAAAAUGGAUUUUAUGAACAACCAACUAUACUACCUGAAGGUAGAUAUGUGAUUGAUCAAUGGGAAGUAUUCAGAGUUAUUAGAACUGAGGACUCAUAUUAG